AUGGUACGGUUUGAAGCCUAUGCCAAGCGAAGAUUUGCGGGUGAUGCGACGGACAUCUUUUCUUUUCCAGUUCCUGGAAUAGAUGAUGAUGAAAGCCUCAAAGUUCGUCGGGGAUUUCUUCGUGUCACUGGGCAGGAGAUGGGAGGUAUCUUUUCACCGGUGCUGGAUGAAGUUCUCAACCUUGCGCUGCAACAGAUCAGGGUAUCUCAGAGUCCAGUCAAGGCCGCACUCGUCGUGGGAGGAUUUGGACAGAACCCAUUCCUUUGUGAUCACCUCCAAGCAAAUCUGCCCUCGGGUGUCAAGGUUCUUGCUCCUGAUGGAUGGACAGCCGUGGUCAGAGGCGCUCUGGCCAAGGUACUCUCGGAAGUAUCUCCCUUGGUCCACCAGAUCUCCAUUACAUCCCGUGUCGCUCGGAAGUACUAUGGACACACGAAGAUUGUUCCAUUUGAUCGUCGCAUACACGAUAACAAGAAAAAGUACGCACACGCUCUUGAAAGACGGAAUGAUUCUAACAACUUCAGGUUUUGGCACGACUACCAUGGCAAAUACUAUAUAUCUGUGAUGAAUUGGUUCAUUUGCAAGGUGAGUUUUGACCACGGACUGCGCCACAGCAAAAUCGCCGCGAAUGAAAUCCACAACGGAUUCGCCUCUGAAGAAAUCCCAGAAUUGAGCAGUUGCCGCAUCACACAACCACACACCAUGUCUCGACUCGGGAACAACGCCGACUGGGCCGAUGAUGAUGAGUACGAUGAUCCCUCAGCGCUGCCCGCAACCCAAAUUACCGAGAACAAAGACGGCACCAAGACGGUCGUCUCCUACCGUUUCAACGAUGACAACAAGAAAGUGAAGGUCACUCGCAGGAUCAAGGCCACCAUCGUCCGAGAGCACGUCAACCCACAGGUCGCCGAGCGCCGGUCGUGGGCCAAGUUCGGCCUCGAGAAGGGCCACGCGCCUGGCCCCUCCUUCGACACCACCUCCAUCGGUGAGAACAUGGUCUUCCGUCCCAGCACGAACUGGAAGGCUCAGGCCGCCGAUGCCGAGAAGAACCCCGAGCAGGGCUCCAUGAAGGACCAGCUCAAGGACAAGAAGGUCAAGUGUCGUAUUUGCAGCGGCGAGCAUUUCACAGCCCGCUGUCCCUUCAAGGACACCAUGGCUCCCGUCGAGGAGUCCACCGGUGGUGCGGAUAUGGACGCGGAUGAGGCCGGCGCUGCUGGUGGUCUGGGUGCUGGUUCUUCCAGCUACGUUCCUCCUCACAUGCGUGGAAAGGCUGGUGGUGCCGCUGGCGAGAAGAUGGGUGGUCGCUUCGAGAAGGACGAUCUGGCUACUCUCAGAGUUACAAACGUCAGCGAGUUGGCAGAGGAACAAGAGAUGCGGGAUCUGUUCGAGCGGUUCGGUCGUGUCACCAGAGUGUUCCUUGCCCGGGACCGCGAAACCCAGCGGGCCAAGGGCUUUGCUUUCAUCAGCUAUGCGGAUCGGGGCGAUGCUGCUCGCGCUUGCGAGAAAAUGGACGGCUUCGGCUACCGCCACCUUAUUCUUCACGUCGAGUUCGCCAAGCGUACUACUUAG